UUGUAAGUUAAAAUAUGUACAUAAAAGAUACUUCAUGUCUUCUAUGCUGAAUGACGUGCAAUCUAACACGUCACCAACAAUAAAUAUCAAUCAUCGUGCAUUUACACCCUAUCACAGGACUGAUUGAGUGCAAACUGUGCUUAUUGCGUAUACCUUGCUACAAUUCACUUUCUGAGUUGCUUCAUUCGUGAACACUUCGUGAAUUUCACGUUUAUGUUUGGAACCAAUAUUUUUGAAAAAAAUAAGAGUUUUAAGAGUUCCAUUAUUUAAUGGUUUCCACGAAUGAAUGAUAUAUUUGUGACUAUUAUUUGUUUUUUUCAAAUUCAUAUUUGCAAACUUAAUGCACAACGUCUAAAAAACUGAAACGUUCUUUCUUAAAGAUUAAAAUAAAAAUGGAUAACAAAGAUGCUGUAUUGAUGCCGGGUCAACGAAUUCGUCCACCGGGCAACAUUCAAGUAGUCUCGCAACUCUUAAAAGAACUUUAUGGUUUGAAAGCGUCGAGUAUAACCGAACUAAACGCGUACGACGAUAGAAACUACCAUGUAAUGUGUGAGGAAUCACAUACGAAUUCUCAUAUGAUGACUGUCAGUAAACAUGGCUACAUUUUGAAAAUCAUCAAUUCGUUGGAUUCGCAGAAGACACACGUGAUUGAAGCACAAACUGAAAUGCUAUUGUUUUUAAACCAACGAGAUAUUAAUUGUCCCUUACCCGUAAAAAAUGUACAUGGACUAUAUUAUACUUUGAUCAAGUUGAAUAUCGAUGAAUGCACCGACAGUUACGCCGUGAGGCUGUUGGUUUAUCAGCCUGGUGAACUGUUGCACCGUGUUCCAAUUACUGGGGAAUUGCUUCGAAACGUAGGCAGGUUCACGGCCAAACUCGAUAAUGUUCUUAUGGGCUUCUCUCAUCCAGCUUACGACGAUCACAAGACUUUGUGGAUGUUGAACUCUGUGCCAAAGUUGCGCCAAUUUACUUACGCUGUAGAGAAUGUAUUUGAAAGAGAAUUGGUGCAUCAGGUGAUACUAGCCUUUGAAAAGGACGUGCUCCAGACCACACUGCAGCUAGAGGAAGGUAUGAUACACGGUGAUUUGAACGAACAGAAUUUCGUGAUGAGCCCGAAUGGCAAAGAAAUAGCUGCCGUGAUCGAUUUUGGUGAUUCACAGCGGACAUAUUUGAUCUUUGAAUUAGCUAUCGCGUUGUGUUACAUGAUUUUACAAGCUGGUAACGUGGCGAUGGGUAAACACGUUAUCGAAGGUUACCAGGAUAUUAAAAGACUGACAGAUCUCGAAAAGAAGAUCUUGAAAGUUACCGUUUGCGCGAGAAUUUGUCAGAGUUUGGUAAUGGGCGCUUAUUCUCAUCUUCAUGAUCCACAAAAUGAAUAUCUGCUUGUUACGCAGAAAUCGGGAUGGGCUUUAUUAAAGAAACUUUGGCCUCUUACUCAGGACGAAGUUCUACAAAAUUGGGGAUUAUUGGACUGAAGUUUUUAUACCCUUUGAUUCACUAUCAUCAUCAAAUUAAUGUAAGAUUAAUUAUUGUAUUUGCACCUAUUGUCAAUUAUACAAGCAAUAAAUAUAAAUUUAUGUCACAA